GGAACUGUCAACAUGUCACGGUUUAUCAAACUGGCGUUUGCCGUAUGCUUGUUAACGAGCGUGAUCUUGACCGUGUCUUGCCAGGCAAAGGCAAAGAAAUCCCGCACAAGGAACGGCAGAAAGUGUCCAAACGCCUGCCUACGAAAAAUCAGACAAAUUGAACGAAGACCACGACUUCCGGGACCCCCAGGACCCCAGGGAAGUCAAGGACCAAAAGGAGACCCUGGCCCCGAGGGUUCGUCAAUACGACUUCCAACCUGUCAGCCUGGGGAAUAUCUAACCUCAGAUGGCACAAGCCUGCGUUGUGAGCAAUUUGAUGUGAAUGUAAUUUGUACCAGCAGUCCCAAACAAGAAUGUCGCAUCGAUGACAAGAAGCCCGGAGAAGGUGCAAGUAACAAUGAAAGAAUGGUGAAAUUCAUGAUAAAGAAUAUGUUCCAGACGAUAAGCACAGAUGCCUGGGAUAUAGAAGUGUUUCAAGCGGGUAACUCCCUGUUCUUUGGUCUCUCUCAAUUGGGUUUGGCUAAUUUUCAGUUAUAUAAAUGGUUGGACGGCAGUUUCAAGAAAUACCAGGAGUUAAAACUGAAUGGAGCGCGAAACUGGGCUCCGUUUCAGAUUGGUGACGACCUAUACUUUGCAGUCGCAAACCUUUUUGCGAAUACUUGCCCGAUUUUCCGAUACGACAAGAUCAGCGAUAGAUUCACAAACCAAUCUGACGGUUUGGAAUGCAAGCAUACCUUUGAUUUAAAACCAUUUAAACUGAAUGGCGAACAGUAUAUCGCUGUUGCAAAUCAGGGCAGUGGUAGUUUCGUUGUCAUCUGGAAGUGGAAUGGACGAAGGUUCACGAAAUUACAAGAUAUUAACAACACAGCAACCUACGUUGAAGCGUUCAAUGUGGACGACGACACCUUUCUUGCCAUCUCAGGCUCUGCGAGAAAAGGCUCGUAUGUGUUCAUUUACAAGUGGGAUGGAAACAGGUUCGUUUUGAUGCAAAGUUUGUUUGUUGGUGAUCGUCCGUACGAGGUGGUUGCAUUCGAAGCCGGAAGAGACCAUUUUCUUUCUGUGGCUACGAUGGAAACUUCGCCCGACGAGGCUAAAAAAAACAAGUUGAUGCUGAUGAAGUGGACCGGAAACAAGUUUGUCUCUUUCCAGAAUAUCACAACACAUCGGGCACGUCGUGUCACAAUCAUGUCCAGUCUCUUGAUGGGCAAGAAAACAACAUAUCUCGCAGUUAUCAACUUGGUGACGCCAGAAAUUUACUACUGGGUUGAGGACAGCAGCACAAAGUUUGAAAAACUUCAAGAUAUCGAUGCGAGAUCCGCUCGAGAUGUGAGUUUCUUUGAGAUGAGUGGACGGAUGUACCUUCUCAUGGCCUCACGUAACAAGAUUGAUGUGUUCAAAGGCGAACUCGUUUGAGAAAUAAUUGCUAUAAGUCUAUUUCACCGGCAAUGGACGGAUCGGUAACGUUGAAUUAUGACAAUGUAGUCACAUUACGAAACGUGAAGACGUUUAAUAAAGACAGAUACAUCGUUGUAAAUUCUACACAACAUAUAUUGGGGACUGUUGCUUGCGGUACAGCGGUCUGGGUUGAUUGAAACAUUAGGUUGCGCAUGUGCUGCACCAUGUGGCCUGGUAGCGAGAUUUGAUUUUGAUGUGUAGAAACGUAAGAUGAACAGUUCACUUUAGUUUAAUAAUAUUAUAUAAAUACUGUAAACAUUCAAUGAGUGUAAAAAAUUGUACUAUUAAAACCGUAUAUAGACUUUA